UGCCGUACCGGGCAGCGUCUGUGUGUUGUCUCGUGGUGCAAUUGCAGGGGCGGUAGUUGCUGACAGCGCUGAGCAGCGUUUCUGUCCUUUUCCAAAGCAAGCAAGACCGUGCUAUCGCUCGACAAACUUGGUUUAACCGCGUUGAAACACGGCAAUUUUUUCCCUUCUCCCAGGUGAAUCGUACGACGAAGAGCUGACGCCUCUAGAAGGCAGCGGUGCAGCAAACCAGGCGCCGAGUGCUGCAGUUGGGCAGCCAGCCUCAAUACUAAUUGCGUCGCCACCCGCAACGCAGCCGACCUAUGGGCCGUCCUCCAGCGCAAGAUCGUCCACGAGAACGAUGCCCUCGCAAAUGACACCGACGAGCAAUCAAUGGCCCAGGAGCCCGCUGAUCUGCACCGUCAGCGUAAAGUUCACGAAUGUCAGCAGCAUUCCGGGCGAUGGGCUGUGCGACUUCAUCUUUUACGAGUCGUUCUACCUGAAGAACAACCCGACCGGCUGGAGCGACUCAGGCCUGGACCACUUCCUGAGGCUCAGCAAGAACAUGCGCAGGACGGACGUAGGCGCCUCCUUCUCUCCAGUUGGGGACACGCUCUUCUCCGACGCCCUCAGCGGUGACCUAAACGCCGCUGUAGACAACCUGCGUAGCCGAGGGGUGUACCAUUUCGGCAUGCUCAGCCUAUACGGCCGGUACAUCUCAUCGCCCAAGUUCUUCGAAUGCCUGAGGAUUCUACAGGAUAUCCGCGAGCACGUCAACUCUCAAGUACCUCCGAACAUGCCCACUCCAUUGUUGUACACUGUGGUGGGCGCACUCUUCGAUGAACCGCUUCUUUAUCAGAACAUCGACAGAUCGAAGCAAGUCGUUUGCCGUUACAUUUCUAAACCGUCUACGACAUGGCGAGACUGAAGUUUCAGUGAACGGAUGACAGCUUUUCUAACUUUUAGUUUAAUAGCUAACCUCCUGUCUUUUUAAAUAGCUUCUGUUAAUAUGUCUCUUAA